UCUCUUACUUACUUAGUGUCAAAAUGAACGAAGCAGAACCCAAAAGUAAACGACUGAAGAUGGAUGAAUAUAACGAAAGGAAAAAACUUGAGAGAAGGAAAAAAAGUCCUUUUCCUGGUACCAGAGGGUAUGGUAGUUGUAAUUCCAAUGCUCUUCUGAACAAAACUGGUAUCGGAGCUCAAUUGCUUAAAUUUAGGAGUGAAAAGAGAAAACGAGAAUGUUGUUUAAAGAAAGCUGAUCGAAAUUCGUAGUCUGAGAAAGGUGAAAAUGCAAACAUUCUAGACACAGAGAUAGAUGUUGUUGCUUCUCUUGCAUCUUUUAAGGAUUAUAUGGAAACAUCCAUUGGAAUAAGUGAGUUGCAUCGUUUACUUUGUUGUUGGUGAUUUGUUCUUCAAAUAUUUUAAAAGUUCGUAUAAACAAGUUCUCUUCAAAAUAUGUUUGAAGACAUUGUAGUAGAAGAAAAUAAGUUAACAGUUCAACAAAGAAAUCCAAAGAAAUCAUGGAAAGAACGUGUGGAAUCCAUGGAAAAAGCUUGGAAAGACGUUUUUAAAACCCUCCUGAAUGACGUUUUUGCCAGACAGGCAUUUUAUAUUUCGCCUUGUGGAAAGUGUGGUUGUAAGCUGCCGAGGUUUGUCAUUCGAUGCAAAACUUGUUCCAUUUUCUAUUGUGAAGACUGUGAUUUAAAACACCACGAAAAACAUUUGUUUCAUCAACGAACGCUAGCAACAGCAACAUCGUCAACCUGUUUACUCGUCCACCAAUUUAUCAAUGCAAAGGGAGAACUAUUUUCAAAAGAUAUUUCAAUUCUUUGCUUUAAACCCGAAAAAUGCUCUAACUGUGAUGGCCAAGAACAGUUGGAAAUUUUACCAGGCGAUGAAAACAUAGCAGUUGUCAACAAAGAUGGGCGGUUUGAUUUAAAAUCAGCAAAAUUCUUUUGUUCUUAUUGCAAAUUGGUCACUAAAGCGUCAAUCAUUGACUAUAUUUGUUCUGGAUAUUAGCCAGGAGACCCUAAUAAUAUAUCCUACUUAAUUUCUGAGGAUUUAUUACGGUUUUCGUACCUUACUAAACACAACAUGCCUGGUACCUCUCUAAACAAGUUCUUGGAAACCCUUGAGACGCUGUUUGAAGGGUUUACACCGUUCAAGCCAAUCAAUAAAAUUCAUUUUCAGAAUGCUAGUCGUCACUACGAAACUCUUAUGCACCUUAUUGACAACAAAAUCAAGCUAAGAGACAAAACACUCUGUUUUAGUUGUAAAGGUAUUAUGCUUGCUUCUCAUCCGGACGGAAAUUUCAAACUUUAUCGCCUGCGUUCUGCUUUGGGAUUAAACCUGACUUCUUUGUACGGAAAUGCGGUUAUUGCUUAUGAUGAAGACAUCGAGAAACACAAGUCGUUGAUCGACUCCAAAAUUUUUAAAGUACACCCAGGUUUCUUUCUUCACCGAUAUAAUAAUGUUUUGUUUUUUAGAGCAAGUCAAGUGAAACUUGUGGUGAUUCAAUUUUCAAGGCAGCAAGAUCCGACGCAAGAAAAAUAUAAAAAAUUAGACGAGACUGGGAUCAUGAUGCGAACAUGCAGACACGGCAUCGUAGACAAGGCCGUUAAUAUGCAUCAAGGAGAAACUUUUCGCCAUACGCAUUUUAUUCCCGUUGAUCUUCCAGAAAAAAAAUUUUCUUUUCUUUGCGGCGAUGUUAUGUGCCGUUAUUGGAAGUGGGCCCAAAAGGUUGCGCUACUCUUUCCUGAAUUUCAGCCAAUGAUUAAAGGCAUGAAGCCAUUUCUUGGAAGAAUGCAUGCAAAAGUGCACGUAUGGUACUGCCAGAUUCUUUGGGUUGGACAUUGGAUGUUAGAUGCUGCACUGACACUUGGAGAAGAGCAGGAACAGGUGUUCUCUAAAAUGUCAAGAUAUGGCAGCGUGACGAAACAUAUGGGAGGAGCAAAUCGCAGGGACCAUAUAACCGCUGCUGUUUUUUCUGGAAUGCGCAAAAGGAAAACGGAAUGGUUCAUCAACUUGUUAAAAGAAGGAAAAGAAUUUCUAGUAAGCAGCUUAAAAGUGAUUUUGAAACAUACCAUUUAAACGCUGAGGUACUUCCCAGGCUUCUUGAGGAACUGAGGAAGACAGCAGAAGAUUACAAAACGGGAAGGAAACAAAGCAAAGAUGAUGAGUCUCCGUUACAAAUGGCUCAAAAGGCUCUUGAAGGAUAUAACGCACAUCAAAAUCCUUAAAAGCCGAGUCUCCAGGAUUGCCACUACAUCCGAAAAAAGGAUUAAAAUGAGAAAGGCAAUGACACUAAUGUCCAAAAAAAAACGCCGAUCUCAUAAAAUUCAUCAAUGCAAAUUCCGAGUACAACAUCACUGAAGAAAGCUUGCUAAAUGGCCAUUUUCCGUGGCAAAACUAUGAACCAUCUACCAGCAAAUCAAGCAGUAUUUAGCAUUUGUUUAAAACAUUUUAUAACGUGCUGAGAAAAAAAAUUUCCUUGUAGCGACCUUUCACGAAAAAUUCCAGAUUAUUGACAAUUGGAUGUUGCUGUUGCGCUCAAACGAAGAAGUGUUGCAGUCAGAAAAAGAGAUGCGCAACUUUGUGAAUUCUAUCAUGUGACAGAAAUCCUUACUGGAAACAGAAAUUAAGUCCCACGUUUCCUUGAUCUCUUCUACUAGUUCAACAACAAAAGAAAAUAGGAUCGUGCAAGAAAAGACCGUUCUUAUAACGCAUGAGUUAACUAGGAAACAUGAAAUGUUGAUUUAUGCCGUUGCUACAUUUCAAGAGAUCGACGAAAAUUUUGCAGAUAGCCCUGGCACAAGGAGUUUAUUUUCUUCAAACUCAA